AACAAAUUGUUGUUUACAAUGAGGGCCUACCAGAAGGCCUCCUGAGAGCAGGUAGCCUAGUGGUUAGAACAGGUAGCCUAGUGGUUAGAGCAGGUAGCCUAGUGGUUAGAGCAGGUAGCCUAGUGGUUAGAGCAGGUAGCCUAGGCCUACCAGAAGGCCUCCUGAGAGCAGGUAGCCUAGGCCUACCAGAAGGCCUCCUGAGAGCAGGUAGCCUAGUGGUUAGAACAGGUAGCCUAGUGGUUAGAGCAGGUAGCCUAGGCCUACCAGAAGGCCUCCUGAGAGCAGGUAGCCUAGUGGUUAGAACAGGUAGCCUAGGCCUACCAGAAGGCCUCCUGAGAGCAGGUAGCCUAGUGGUUAGAACAGGUAGCCUAGUGGUUAGAGCAGGUAGCCUAGGCCUACCAGAAGGCCUCCUGAGAGCAGGUAGCCUAGUGGUUAGAACAGGUAGCCUAGGCCUACCAGAAGGCCUCCUGAGAGCAGGUAGCCUAGUGGUUAGAACAGGUAGCCUAGGCCUACCAGAAGGCCUCCUGAGAGCAGGUAGCCUAGUGGUUAGAACAGGUAGCCUAGGCCUACCAGAAGGCCUCCUGAGAGCAGGUAGCCUAGUGGUUAGAACAGGUAGCCUAGUGGUUAGAGCAGGUAGCCUAGGCCUACCAGAAGGCCUCCUGAGAGCAGGUAGCCUAGUGGUUAGAGCAGGUAGCCUAGGCCUACCAGAAGGCCUCCUGAGAGCAGGUAGCCUAGUGGUUAGAACAGGUAGCCUAGGCCUACCAGAAGGCCUCCUGAGAGCAGGUAGCCUAGUGGUUAGAACAGGUAGCCUAGGCCUACCAGAAGGCCUCCUGAGAGCAGGUAGCCUAGUGGUUAGAACAGGUAGCCUAGGCCUACCAGAAGGCCUCCUGAGAGCAGGUAGCCUAGUGGUUAGAGCAGGUAGCCUAGUGGUUAGAGCAGGUAGCCUAGGCCUACCAGAAGGCCUCCUGAGAGCAGGUAGCCUAGUGGUUAGAGCAGGUAGCCUAGGCCUACCAGAAGGCCUCCUGAGAGCAGGUAGCCUAGUGGUUAGAGCAGGUAGCCUAGUGGUUAGAGCAGGUAGCCUAGUGGUUAGAGCAGGUAGCCUAGUGGUUAGAGCAGGUAGCCUAGUGGUUAGAGCAGGUAGCCUAGUGCCUAGACCAG